CGGUUAAAAAUAAAAUAAACAACGCGAAACAAUUCCAAGUUUAUCAAAUCAAAGUAAAUUGAUGCAGUACGCUUCGUACUUUCUCGGGCGCCGCUCGCGUUUUAAAAAAUGAAUAUAAUCUCGUUGACAGUAUGGACGCUGGAGAGUCACUGUUUCAUAGUAUAUACUGUGCUCAUAAUAUGCUUUAUUAUCUUUACAAUGUUUCACCAAAAUAGAAUGGAAGCCAGUCGAAAUAGAAUUGGCGCGAAAAAGAUUGCGCCGGUGAUCGUGGACGGGAAAGACCGAGACCACAACGACGAUGGAGACGACACAGACUUCCUCGUGCCAGCGAUAUCUGAGGACACUCCCCACAUACCAUACAGACCCAAGAAGAGACCGAUGGAGGAAGUUCUAGAACGAUGCAGAGAGUACUUUGAACUGAUGGCGACGAGGCGGACCGUCAGGAGCUUCAGCACUGAACCGAUACCACAGGAGGUCCUGGACAACAUCAUCAAGACUGCAGGCACAUCUCCAUCUGGCGCACACACGGAACCCUGGACCUUCGUCGUAGUCCAAGAUCCGGACAUCAAGCAAGCGAUCCGAGGGAUUGUAGAAGAGGAGGAGGAGCAGAACUACGCCAGAAGAAUGUCCAGACAGUGGGUCACUGACCUCAAGCCCUUCGCGACCAACUACAACAAGCCGUACCUGACAGAAGCGCCUGCGCUCAUCCUGGUCUUCCGACAGACACACUCCUGGAGAGAAGACGGGAAGAAGAGGAUGCACUACUACAGCGAAAUCAGCGUGGCCAUAGCAGCUGGGAUCCUGAUAGCUGCUAUCCAGUAUUGCGGUUUGGUCGCGCUCACUUCGACGCCCUUGAACUGCAACUCCCGUCUUCGCAGUCUCCUCCAGAGACCAACAAACGAAAGACUGGAGCUGCUGCUUCCAGUGGGAAGACCACACGAGAAUACUACUGUCCCGGACAUACAGAGAAAGAGCCUGGAGGAAAUAAUGGUGCGAAUGUAGUUGUCGUCGUCGAAGUUAUUAAAUAGGCCAAGUGAGAGUUGGAGCGUCUUCUGUACCAUUGUGAAGUUGAUACACAGCCUGGUAACAGAACUUCUGGUGAAGUUUUAGUAAUAGCUUGCCACGGUUUUUACCCUUUGGGCACGAAACCCUAAAAAGAUAGUAAGUUCCUAAUUCUUUAAGUAAACAUAAGGUUAAACAUUAUACUAGUAAAUUAAAAUGCAUAUAAAUUA